GCCAUUGUCCCCGGACCCCGACGGUUCCCUUAUUAAAGGCCAUCUUCCCAACCAGACACAGCUAGUACUAGCACACUGCGUAGCAGGCAGCAAUGGUGGCUUCCUCUCCCCCAUAAAGCCACAGCCUGCGGUUCUUGGCGUGUUCUUGCCCCUUCCUCGUACGGACGCCAUGGACAUGCCGGGGGAGGACGAGUACGUCUACGGCUACGAGUACGAGUUCGACCUCGAGAACCCCUUCACGAGCCCCGCCGACGAGCCGAUCGCCAGCCUCCUCGACGCCGAGGGCCACCACGCGCCGUCCGUGUCCGCCGCCGCCUCCGCCGUCCGCCGCGACGCUGCCCGAUUCAUCUCCAAGGUCCGGUACGACGGCGAGCUUGGCUUGCACCCGCGUGUGGCCUACCUCGCGCAGAACUACGUGGAUCGCUUCCUCUCCAAGGGACAAUUGCCGUUCGAGCGCAAGCCAUGGGCGCCGCGGCUGCUCGCCAUCAGCUGCCUCUCCAUCGCCGCCAAGAUGCAGCGCGUCGACGCAAUCUCCAUGGACUACAUUCAAAGGGACGAGGAGUUCAUGUUCGACGCGGUGACCAUCCGGCGCAUGGAGCGGGUGGUGCUGGGCGCGUUGGAGUGGCGCGCGCGCUCCGUGACGCCGCUCGCCUUCCUCGGCUUCUUUCUCUCGGCGUGCUUCCCUCCGCCGCGGCACCCUGCCCUGCUCGACGCCGUCAAGGAGCGCGCCGUCGACCUCCUUCUCCGCGCCCAGCCCGAGGUGAAGAUGGCGGAGUUCUCGCCGUCCGUGGUGGCCGCGUCGGCGCUGCUGGCCGCCGCCGGAGAGAUCGCCGUCGCCCACCUCCCCGCGUUCCAAGCCGGCGUGGCCGCUUGCUCCUUUGUAAAUAGCGAGAAGCUACGUGAGUGCGGCGAGGUGAUGGCGGCGGUCUGCGGCGUCGGGCCGGGCUGGACGGCGGCGAGCGCUGACACGCCGGUGACGGUCCUCGGGCACGGCCACUACCGCAGCGCCAGCUCGGAGAGCGAGCGGACCGUCGGAUCGGUGGCCAACGGCACCGAUGCCAAGAAGCGAUGCAUGGGCCCACCUUCCCAGUGGGGGUAGGAGGCAGGACGUCGUCCGAUGACCCGAUGGGGCGUGACAGCUGGAAGAGCCGGGGAUUUACUCUUGCCAUGUUGUUCCUUUUUUACUUUUAUUUCGAUUCCUUUUCCAUUUUAAUCUUCUCGACUCGAGGUGAAGUAAGCAGGGAUGGAGAUUGGAGAGAAAAACUGGUGGUGGUAACUGGUAGCUGUCAUUUACUAAUUGUUUUUUUUGUUUCCCUUGUCUUUCCUUUUGUUCCCUGGGGUGAUUUUUGCGGCAGCGGUAGUAGUACUCCAGUAGUACUACGUACUGUAGAUGCUAGGCUGGUAUUUUCCCGCAAAAAAGAGGGAUGCUAGGCUGGUGGAUGAAUAUAUUGGGAUGUGGAGUAGUGGUAAUAAACUUACAAUGUUUCGUUGCUGAAAAA